AAAUAUGGGUCCCCGGCGGAAAAACGUGAAACCAAGCUCAGUGAACAGGGAAAGCUCUGAGUCUACCAAAGCUGAUGAGCCAAAAGAUUACAUGAACCAACUCUCUCAUGAAGUGCUUUGCCACAUUUUUAGGUACCUUCCCUUGCAGGAUAUCAUGUGCAUGGAAUGCUUGUCCCGAAAGCUGAAGGAAGCGGUGACUCUUUAUCUGCGAGUAGUGAAGGUGGUGGAUCUCUGUGCAGGCCGGUGGUGGGAAUACAUGCCCACUGGUUUCACUGAUUCCAGCUUCCUAACACUGCUGAGGAAGAUGCCAGACAUUGAACAACUUUAUGGUCUUCAUCCCAGGUAUCUUGAAAGACGCAGAGUCCGUGGCCAUGAAGCUUUCAGCAUUCCUGGAGUUUUAGAGGCUUUGCAGGCCUGUCCAAAUCUGCUGGGUGUUGAGACCUCUCAUUUAGAACUGGUGGAAGCUAUUUGGACAUACAUGCCACAAGUUCACAUUUUAGGGAAGUUUCGUAACCGUAAUGGUGCUUUUCCAAUUCCUCCUGAAAACAAGCUGAAAAUUCCUAUAGGAGCUAAAAUCCAGACUUUGCACUUAGUAGGGGUGAAUGUCCCUGAGAUUCCUUGUAUCCCAAUGCUGAGGCACCUUUAUUUGAAGUGGGUGAGACUCACCAAACCACAGCCUUUUAAAGAUUUCCUUUGUAUCAGCUUACGCGCUUUUGUCAUGAGGAACUGUGCCGGACCUACAAAUUCUUUGAAGUAUGUUCCCCUAGUGACGGGCCUGGCUUCUGCUCGAAAUUUGGAGCAUUUAGAACUGGUUCGAGUUCCGUUUCUUGGAGGACUUAUCCAGCAUGUUGUAGAAGAUAGCUGGAGAUCAGGUGGUUUUAGGAAUUUGCACACUAUAGUUCUGGGAGCUUGCAAGAAUGCACUUGAAGUGGAUCUUGGCUACCUCAUCAUAACUGCUGCACGAAGGUUGCAUGAAGUGCGGAUCCAGCCUUCCUUGACCAAAGAUGGUGUUUUUUCUGCUUUGAAGAUGGCUGAACUGGAAUUUCCACAGUUUGAAACUCUUCAUCUAGGAUAUGUUGACGAGUUUUUACUACAGUGUAAAAUGACGAAUGGAGACUUGGUGAAGUAUGGCUUGGCAGAUGUGGUUGAAAAUCCAGGAAUUAUUACAGAUAUUGGUAUGAAAGCUGUAAAUGAAGUUUUUUCUUGCAUCAAGUAUCUGGUCAUUUACAACUGCCCACAUCUACAUAACCCAAAUAAUUGGAUCACAGAUCAUUCAAGGUGGACUCGCCUGGUUGACCUCACCCUGGUGCGAUGCCAUGCGAUAAAGCUAGAUUCUUUUAGUCAGUUCAUUGAGUUACUGCCAAGCUUAGAAUUUAUUUCUUUGGAUCAAAUGUUCCGUGAACCUCCUAAGGGGUGUGCUCGUGUGGGCCUAAGUGCAGGCACAGGGAUUGGUGUCUCCUCUGCUCUAGUCAGCAAUCAGAACUCUAACAAUGACAAUGACAACAACAAUAACCACCAGAAUAACAACAAUCCAAACAUCCACCAUAACAAUCACCAACAACCAAAUGACCAGAAUGAGGAGAAUGAGCUGCGGCAGGAUGGUCAAGCUGAAGAGCAGCAGAUUGCAGCUGAGGCACUGAAUGAGAUGGAGGAGGUAGCACAGGAAGACGGGAUGGCUGAUGGGCAGGGUCCAAAUGAGCUCCCGACUCAGAGCCAAGCUGUUGUUACUAUGGAGAUCGAUGAAGAGCAAGCAGGACCAAGUGGCAUUCAGCCUGUUGUGAAAGCAGCACCUAUUACUGUCCAUGAUUCAGACAGUGAGGAUGAGGAAGAAAACAUGGGGUCUUCAAGAGCUUGCAUCUCCAACAGCAUUGCACAGAAUUACUCAGAUGGAGAAGAGAAAACCAGAGAUCCAGUGGAAACAAGAGAACCUUCAGUGAGUGGUAAAGGCAAGACGCCCCUGAGGAAGAGAUGCAGUGCCAGCCAAGUGGGCCAGACAAAGCAGCUCCAUAGUGAGGAAAGCAGCUGUGAGAAAGGCUGUCAAGUAACAAGUGAGCAGAUUAAAGCAGACAUGAAAGCAGCAAGUGACAUGCCUGAAAGGAACAAAAGCAAAGAUUCUUACCCAGGUUGCAGUAAUGCUUCAGGAUCAACGGGAACAUCCAGCUCCUGCAAUGCUGUUUCUCCUAGCCCAGACUGUGCACAGACAGCUAAUAGCCACUCUGCGGGCACCAGUCCAGCAACUGGAGAUGAAUCCAGACAGUGUGUCUGCUUGCCUUGUAAAAGUGAAGGUUCCAGUGAGAGAGAGACUGAGGAGAGCUCUGUUUGUUCCAGGUGUUCCUGCUACAAGCCACAGGAUGCACAGCAGAGGACUAGUGGGUGUUGCGAUGGGGACUGCCCAUCCACGAGUGGAGCCUGCAGGAAUGGACCAAAUAGCACAGCGUCAGAUUUUGCACUUAGAACUCUGCCAGACUGUAGGCCUCCAGGAGAGACAAGUGAUGGGAGGACUAGUGGGAAUGCCUGUGGGCCAGCCAGUGAGGAGACCACAGGUUCACAGCGAAGGAGCUGUGAGAUGGAGGAUAAAGAAGAGUAUCCUCGCCGACCACUUACAAGAGCUAGAAGCAGGCUCUCCCGUGUCCCUCUGGUGUCAGAGUCAGAGGUGGCUAAGCCAAAGCCACGGCAAACCACAAAGCGGAAAAGGACAGCUGACAAGUCCACGAGUACAAGUGACCCAGUUAUUGAAGAUGAUCAUGUUCAAGUACUGACUUUGAAAUCCAAAAAUCUUGUUGGAAUCACCUUGACCAAUUGUGGAAUAACAGAUUUGGUACUAAAAGACUGCCCUAAAAUGAUGUUCAUACAUGCUACAAGGUGUCGUGUGUUGAAGCACUUAAAAGUAGAAAAUGCACCAGUUGUCAAUCGGUUUGACUAUGCCCAGUGCAAGAAGUUAAACAUGGAUCAGAUUCUGGAUCAGAUUCUCAGGAUGCCACCAGAAAGAAACCGAAUAAUUUAUCUUCGUCCAAUGCAGCAGGUGGACACCUUGACCCUUGAACAAAAGAUAUUUAGUGGCCCUUAUCCAUACCACAUUUGCAUCAUCCAUGAAUUCAGUAACCCACCUAAUGUCCGCAAUAAAGUGCGCGUUCGCAGCUGGAUGGACACCAUAGCAAAUAUCAACCAAGAGCUUAUUAAAUAUGAGUUCUUUCCUGAAGCUACACGAACUGAGGAAGACCUAAAGAAACACACCAAAUACCCUUGGGGACGAGAUAUUUACACUCUAGAAGGCAUUGUGGAUGGUGCCCCUUACUCCAUGAUUACUGACUUCCCAUGGUUGAGAUCACUGAGAACAGCAGAGCCAAACAGCUAUGCUAGAUAUGACUUUGAGGAUGAUGAGAGAACUACUAUUUAUGCACCCCGAAGGAAAGGACAGUUGUCUGCAGACAUCUGCAUGGAAACAAUAGGAGAAGAGAUCUCUGAGCUGCGCCAGAUGAAAAAAGGUGUAUUCCAACGUGUGGUGGCUAUCUUCAUCCAUUACUGUGAUGUCAAUGGGGAACCGGUAGAGGAUGAUUUCAUUUGAGUUGGAUAUUCUCCCUAAUCUGUCAUCUCUUCCUAAAUUCCGAUUGGCACUGCUGGCCAAGAAAGCAGGUGGAUUCUUUCUGAAUGCAAAGCAUUUUCUUAAAACACACACUUUGCAGUUGCUCUCACACAGUUUGGAUAAGAGUAUGUAGUAAAUGUAUAAUGAAAAGUAAAAAUUGUAUACUAAGAUUUGUAAAUAGAGGAAACAAAAGAAAAGCUUCCUAAUACUGAGACUUUAUUUCAUAUGUUUA